CACAAAGCUUUUUCACUCUGUGCAUCCAGUCACGCCACAAUGCCGGCCAUCAGACACUCCUCAAAACGAAAGCCGCCGCCUGAGGGCUUCAGCGACAUCGAAGAUGAUCUCUUGAUCUUUGCGAACAAGAUGAAGGAUGCGCAGAACAAGCCUCCACCUCCCGGCCCAAAACACAUGGCGCAGUGGGAAAUCUUUCAGAUUGCGCAUCAGAGAAGCCGCUACGUAUACGAUCUGUACUAUGAGAAGGAGGCCAUCAGCAAGCAACUUUACGAAUGGUUACUUAAAAACGGGUACGCUGAUGCGAUGCUCAUCGCCAAGUGGAAGAAACAAGGUUACGAGAAGCUCUGCUGUUUGCGCUGCGUUCAAACCAAGGAAACCAACUUCAACAGCACUUGCAUCUGCCGAGUACCAAGGGCUCAGCUGAAAGAAGAUAGCGACAUGCAGUGUGUCAGCUGUGGCUGCAGAGGAUGUGCAUCUAGCGACUAAUGGCGAGCUAUGCUCCUGAUUUCCGAAAAUUUGAUUCAAAUAUACAGAUAUGAGUCGGAGAAUGGUCAGUUCAAGGCGUUGGGGCGUCGGGCGUCUAAUUACGAUUGAAAUACUCCGAUACGGACAAAAUAAGAGAGAAACUAUAGAUUGGGUACUAGGUUGAGACCGAAAGAGUUCACUCCCUUUGAUUCCCUUCGUUACCUCUUUGAGAAGCCUGCUCGGCCUCGGCCGAACCGGACGCUGGAUGGUACGAAUUGUAACGCUGACAUGGCUCCAGUAAGAUCUGCCAUAUCAGUAUCUGCUUUCUCCGGCUUCGCCUUGCCCUUAUCCGCCGUAGUGGAAGGCUGCGAUGGCUGUGAUUUGUUAUCGGGCUGUGACGCUUCCUUUUCCAGGGUAUUUGCACGGCGCCUUAAUUCCUUCGCUUGUGAUUGAGAACCAGCCGACGAUCUGCGCCUACGGCUAGCUUCUAUGAGAAGCGAACGUUUCCCAUCAAUUCCGUCCUUUGUGACAGCGAAGAAGAAAUUAUGAGGAAAUUUGUGUUUGUCUAUCAGAUGAAGUCGCCUCUUCUGGGGAGUCAUGCACUUGCGCUCGCAUCCUUCAACAAAGCAGGAAUACUGAGUUAUGUUAGAGAUACUAUUUUUCAUGGCAUAGCGUGGGAAGCAUCGCAUUUAGCUUACUGUGUGCUCUCCCUUUUCUCUGGCGACCCUCGCCAGGGGGUCAUGACACUCUUCAAUGUGUACAUUGAGAAGAUGAUCUGUUGGAAAAUUCUUGCGGCACUCAAUGCACCUGUUUGUGUGAAAAUUGUGGUAAUGGGUUUCGUAAUCGUCGUAGAACCGGAACCCUAUCGAUUCCCUGUGGGGAGGUAGUGAGCAUCUCAUGACGAAUCCGGCUUCCUCGUCUUCAACGGCCGAAUCAAGGCCAACGAUUUUGGAGACGGGUCGGAGAUCGACGUCGGCGUCUGCUAGAUGAGGAGAGUCUGCUUCUGGAGGGCCGGGUUCUAAAUGCU